AUGGCGUCUCCAGAUCUUGUAGAAGCUAUCCAAAAGCUUCAUAUUGGGGACGACACGAAUAUUGACGAUAUCCUCUUCCAACAAGGUCCCCGCAAACGACUAAAGCAGGAUCCUGCAGCGCUUAAGGCUGAACUCGAACAGAAAUACCUGACCCCUUCCAGCACUUUCUCUACCGAAUGGCUCAACCGUCUACAGCAACGAUGGGACUGCCCGACCGAUCUCACCGAACUCUUUCGCAUUGCGCCGACCCAAACCCGAACCGUUACACGAUUCCAGCGCCAAGGCCUUGAGGGUAGAGUGACGGGAUACAAGAAUGUUACUGUACCAGCAAACAGUGCCACAGCCAAGAACUCGACGUCCCUAAUGCGUAAGCCUGGCGGCCGAGGCGAUUUCGUUCGUGGAGCGGCCGGGUUCUUCCCCUUUGCACCCGGCGGAUUGGAAAGUGUCGAGGCGACCGCUGCUAUAGAGGAUCAGAUGGUGCGCUCUAGUACUACCGGCACACAAAAUAAGUUAGAACGAGUCAUCAAGCUCGGUGCCGAAGGCGGACUCCUCGAGGUAGCCCCUGGUUUGGAGAGAGGCAUUGACUUCAGCAAGAAGAAGUCCAAGUUCGAUGAAAAAGAAGCUAAGGCCAUCGAAGCAGAACUUGACCAAGAACCUGAGCAAGAACCCGAAACGGAAGAAGUGAAUGGACAUGCGGAAACUCAUGGCGCUGAAGAGGAACCCGACGAGGAAGACUCCGAAGAUAUUGACUCGUUACUACCAGUCGAAUUUCCAGCUUUGGAGCCACAUAGUAAUCUUGCAGGAUCAAGUGCAAGAAAGGCUGGUCGAGAAUGGGCUCACAUGGUAGAUAUUAACCGUGAUAUUACCAAUUUCCGAGAGCUUGUUCCCGACAUGGCUAGGGAGUGGCCAUUCGAGCUAGACACCUUUCAAAAAGAAGCCAUCUAUCAUCUUGAGAACGGUGACUCGGUUUUUGUUGCUGCGCACACAUCAGCCGGCAAGACUGUUGUAGCCGAAUAUGCUAUUGCGUUAGCUGCGAGACAUAUGACCAAGGCUAUCUACACGUCACCUAUCAAAGCCCUAAGUAAUCAGAAAUUCCGAGAUUUCAGACAGACCUUUGACGAAGUUGGUAUCUUGACGGGUGAUGUCCAGAUCAACCCUGAAGCAAGUUGUUUGAUCAUGACUACCGAAAUUCUACGGAGUAUGUUGUAUAGAGGCGCCGACUUAAUUAGAGAUGUAGAAUUUGUCAUUUUCGACGAAGUUCACUAUGUCAACGAUUUCGAACGUGGUGUAGUCUGGGAAGAAGUUAUCAUUAUGCUUCCGGAGCAUGUGUCACUGAUCCUACUCUCGGCUACGGUUCCGAAUACGUACGAAUUUGCUUCCUGGGUUGGUAGGACCAAAAAGAAGGAUAUAUACGUCAUCUCGACGCCGAAACGACCUGUACCACUGGAACAUUUCAUAUGGGCCGGUAAGAAUAUUUGCAAGAUCGUCGACAGUGAUAAGAAAUUCAUUGAAAGGGGGUGGAAAGAAGCAGACCAGGCGAUACGUGGGAAAGAUAAGGUUCUUCCGGCACCCGCUGCUCGUGGUGGUGGCAACCAACGAGGAAACCAACGAGGAGGUCCUCAGCGUGGCGGUCAACAACGCGGUGGCCAGCGAGGUGGUGGUCAACAGAGGGGUAGAGGAGGCCCCCCGAGAGCUAGCCAUGCACCUGGACAUAUGGGUCGUGGUGGGCGACCCGGCGGUUUUUCGUCGGUCAACCAAGACAAGAACCUGUGGGUUCACCUUGUGCAAUUCUUGAAGAAGUCUUCUCUGCUACCCGCUUGUAUCUUUGUCUUCUCCAAGAAGAGAUGUGAGGAAAAUGCAGAUGCACUGAGCAAUCAAGAUUUCUGCACUGCUCAAGAGAAGAGCCAUAUCCACAUGAUCAUCCAGAAAUCGAUUGCUCGUCUACGACCCGAGGAUCGAGUUCUACCACAGAUUGUUCGUCUACGCGAACUCUUGAGCCGAGGAAUUGCUGUACAUCAUGGCGGCCUCUUACCGAUUGUCAAGGAAAUUGUUGAGAUUUUAUUCGCUCAAACAUUGGUAAAGAUUCUCUUUGCCACAGAGACCUUCGCAAUGGGUCUCAACUUGCCGACAAGAACUGUUGUAUUCUCUGGUUAUCGGAAGCAUGAUGGGCAUUCAUUCCGAAAUCUUCUCCCCGGUGAAUACACCCAAAUGGCCGGCAGAGCUGGUCGUCGCGGUCUUGAUCCAGUUGGCUCCGUCAUCAUUGUGCCCCCUGGAAGUGUAGACCAAGCACCACCUGUGAGCGAUCUUCAGAAGAUGAUACUGGACCCGCCUAGUAAGCUGAGGUCUCAGUUCAGAUUGACUUACAAUAUGAUCUUGAACCUGCUGCGAGUAGAGGCGUUGAAGAUCGAGGAGAUGAUUAAGCGCAGCUUCUCCGAACACGCUACACAACAACUCCUCCCAGAGCACGAGAAGGCAGUCAAGAUUUCCGAAGCUGACUUAGCCAAAGUGAAACGGGAGGCGUGUAAAAUUUGUGACGAAUCUCUAGAAGCAUGUCAUCAGGCAUCAAUGAAUUACAAGCAAUUGACACAAGAGCUCUACAAGGGUCUCCUAACUAUCCCCAUCGGCAAAAAGCUAUUCACACAGUCGCGAUUGAUCGUAUUUAACAAAGAUGGUGUCCGAACUCCAGGAAUUUUGCUGUCGAACGGCGUCAGCACGAAAUUAUCGGGAGGCGAGCCGACUGUACACGUAUUCGAGAUGAGGACUGAGCGCGAAACUCGUAAUUCGACGGAUUUGCUACCCUUCAUCGAAUCAUUCCGAUUCCUACUUACGGCACUCCCACGUCAGAGAAAGUCGAUGCUCUCACGAAUCGCCCAUGUGCCGCUUAGCGAUAUUGAAUGUCUCACAGGUAAGCUCACUACGGGAAUCGUGCCCGAAUUCUUUGAGCAGGGAGAGUCUCGCCAGAAAGCGAAAGACCGAAUGAUGAGUAUCUGCAAAACAUGGGAUUCAGAUGUAUGGGAUGAGGUUAGCUUUGCAAAGAUCAAGAACCUCCCGUUACAGGAAAUCAUCGGGAAGCGCCGACAAGAGGAGGCCACUAUUAAAGUUACUGCAACUACUUACUGCCGUAACUUUUUGAAGCACUUUGCUAUGUGCCAUGAUCAGUGGCUUAUCAAGGAACACAUUUCAUCCCUUCGCUCAGCACUCGCAGACCAAAAUCUCCAAUUAUUGCCGGACUACGAACAGCGCAUUCAAGUCUUGAAAGACCUUUCUUUCAUUGACGACGAAACCCGCAUCCAACUCAAAGGCAAAGUCGCAUGCGAGAUCCACUCGGCAGAUGAGCUCGUCCUCACCGAGCUCAUCCUCGACAACGUCCUCGCAGACUACGAACCGGCCGAAAUAGCCGCCCUACUCUCAGCCUUCGUGUUCCAAGAGAAAACGGAGUCGGUACCCAACCUCACAGGUAGCCUCGAGCGCGGCAUGAAGACCAUCAUCGAGAUCAGCGAAAAGGUCAACACGGUGCAGACGGAACGCCAAGUGAUCCAAAGCUCGGACGACAGCAACGAUUUCGUGUCGCGCCCGCGCUUCGGGCUCAUGGAGGUUGUGUACGAGUGGGCGCGCGGCAUGAGCUUCAAGAACAUCACGGAUCUCACCGAUGUGCUCGAGGGCACGAUCGUCAGAACGAUCACGCGCCUCGACGAGACGUGUCGCGAGGUUAAGAACGCGGCCAGGAUUAUUGGUGAUCCCGAGUUGUAUCAGAAGAUGCAGACCGCGCAGGAGAUGAUUAAGAGGGAUAUUACGGCUGUGGCGAGUCUGUAUAUGUAG